AGGGGCGGUAGCGGCGGUGGUGGUGGGAGCGGCGGCAGCUGUGAGGGGUUCCGGGAAGAUGGUGCUGAUUAAGGAAUUCCGAGUGGUAUUGCCAUGCUCUGUUCAGGAGUAUCAAGUUGGGCAGCUUUACUCUGUUGCAGAAGCUAGUAAAAGUGAGACUGGUGGUGGAGAAGGAACUGAAGUCUUAAAGAAUGAGCCUUACGAAAAGGACGGAGAAAAGGGACAGUAUGCACACAAAAUUUAUCACCUAAAGAGCAAAGUUCCUGCAUUUGUAAGAAUGAUUGCUCCUGAGGGAUCCUUGGUGUUUCACGAGAAGGCCUGGAAUGCGUAUCCCUACUGUAGAACAAUUGUCACGAAUGAAUACAUGAAAGAUGAUUUCUUCAUUAAAAUUGAAACAUGGCACAAACCAGACUUGGGAACAUUAGAAAAUGUACAUGGUUUAGAUCCAAAUACGUGGAAAACUGUUGAAAUUGUCCACAUAGAUAUUGCAGAUAGAAGUCAAGUUGAACCAGCAGACUACAAAGCUGAUGAAGACCCAGCAUUAUUCCAGUCAGUCAAGACCAAGCGAGGCCCUUUGGGACCCAACUGGAAGAAGGAACUGGCAAACAACCCUGACUGUCCUCAGAUGUGUGCCUAUAAGCUGGUGACCAUCAAAUUCAAGUGGUGGGGACUACAAAGCAAAGUAGAAAACUUCAUUCAGAAGCAAGAAAAAAGGAUAUUUACAAACUUUCAUCGCCAACUUUUUUGUUGGAUUGACAAAUGGAUCGAUCUGACAAUGGAAGACAUUAGGAGGAUGGAAGACGAAACUCAGAAAGAGCUAGAAACAAUGCGUAAGAAGGGUUCCGUCCGAGGCACGUCGGCUGCUGAUGUCUAGAUGAGUCCCCUGUAGGGUCAGAGAAAAUAUCAGACUGUUUACGUAAUCAAGGUCAAGUGAGGGGAACAAGUGCAGCCAGUGAUGAGUGAAGAAGAAUCUGACCAGUAUCUUGCAGUGUUGACGUUUCCCAGAUGCGUGCUUGUGAUGAUGUACACACAUGCACAGGUUCCCAACCACGUGUGGAUAUAUGUAUGUGUGCGUGUGUCUGUAGCUGUAUAUAAAACGCAUGUAGAGCUACAGAUUGAGAUACACACACUGUGUAUAUAUGUACAUACAGACAUACGGAAGGGAUUAGUACAAUUUCUCCAAAGUACUGUACCUAUCUUCAGCAAGAAUGCAAAAGAAAAUAUUUUCAAUAUCUAUACCUGGAACAGAUUUUAAUAAUUAUCAGAGUAAUACCAUUAAUGGAUAAAUUGACUGCAAUGUAAUACUAGCUGGGAUGUUUCAUAUAUGUCAAGUUGUGGACCAAUAUAUACAUAGUCUUCUAUUA